AUGAUCAGAGAAACCCUCCAGUUAAUUGGUCACCUGCGAAGAACCUCACAGCUCCCGAGUCAUUCUACCUGCAACAAGCUCCUACACAACCUGAUUAGCUCCAACUGCGGUGAGCUCUCUCCGAAAAUCCUCUCCCACUUGGUCUCCAAAGGGUACAAUCCUCACCGCUCUUCAUUCAAUGCAGUUAUCUCCUUUUUAUGUAAAUUGGGUCAUAUUAGUUUUGCCCGAAAGCUCGUGAAUUCGAUGCCGAGAUACGGGUGCUUGCCUGAUAUUGUAACUUACAAUUCUUUGAUUGAUGGGUAUUGUAAAUUUUCUGACAUUGAUGAAGCUUGUUUGUUAAUGAAAGAGAUACGCAAAGGAGGAUGUAGACCUGAUUUGGUUACUUUUAAUGUAUUGCUUAACGGGUUCUGUAAUAUUAAAAUGAAGAAAGAAGCUUUGGUUUAUAUAGGUUUGAUGUGGAAGAGUUGUUCACCGAAUGUAGUUACAUAUAGUCACUUUAUAGAUAUGUUUUGUAAAAUGGGGGAUUUGUGUUUGGGUUAUAGGCUGCUUGGUGAUAUGGUGAAGGAUGGGGUGCUGCCGAAUUUCUUCGCUUUUACUUCUUUGAUUGAUGGAUAUUGUAAGGCUGGUAAUUUGGAGGUUGCUUUUGAAUUGCUUGAGAAGAUGAGGCAAUCGUCACUUAUACCAAACGUGGUUACUUAUAAUGCUUUAAUUAAAGGGAUUUGCAUGAAGAGGAUGUUGGGAAGAGCCGAUUAUUUGUUUUCUAAGAUGUGGGAAGAUGGGUUUGAGCCUAAUUCAGCCGUCUAUACUUCAAUGAUAGAUGGACAUUUAAAGAAAGGAAAUUUAGAUGAUGCCAUGAAGUAUAUGAGUAAAAUGCAUGAUCAAGGGUUCAGCCUUGAUGUAGCUGCAUAUGGGGCAGUUAUCUCAGGCCUCUGUAAAAAUGGUCGGUUAGAUAAAGUAAUGCAGUUUAUUGAAGAUAUGGUUGGGAGUGGGUUAGCUCCAGAUCAGAUGUUGCUGACGACCAUUAUGGAUGCAUAUUUCAAAGCGAAUUUAAAAGCAGCUUCAGGUGUCUACGGGGAAUUGUUAGUAACCCUCCAAUUCUUUGCUCUCCUGCGAAGAACCUCACAGUUCCCAACUCCCUUUACCUGCAACAAGCUCCUACAUAGCCUCAUUAGAUCCAACUGUGGAGAGCUCUCAGUGAAAAUCCUCUGCCACUUGCUCUCUAAAGGGUACAAUCCUCAUCCCUCUUCAUUCAAUUCAGUUAUCUCCUUUUUCUGUAAAUUGGGUCAUAUUAGUUUUGCCCGAACACUCGUGGAUUCGAUGCCAAGAUAUGGGUGCUUGCCUGAUAUUGUAACUUACAAUUCUUUGAUUGACGGGUAUUGUAAAUUUUGUGAUAUUGAUGAAGCUUGUUUGAUAAUGAGAAAGAUACGCAUAGGAGGGUGUAGACCUGAUUUGGGUACGUUUAAUAUAUUGUUUAACGGAUUUUGUAAGGUCAAAAUGAAGAAAGAAGCAUUUGUCUAUAUGGGUUUGAUGUGGAAGAGAUUUUCACCGAAUGUGGUUACAUAUAGUACCUUUAUAGACAUGUUCUGUAAAACAGGGGACUUGGGUUUGGGUUAUAGGGUGCUUGGUGAUAUGGUGAAGGAUGGGGUGUUGCCGAAUUUGUUUGCUUUUACUUCUCUGAUUGAUGGGUAUUGUAAGGCUGGUAAUUUGGAGGUUGCAUUUGAAUUGCUUGAGAAAAUGAGACAAUCGUCAUUGUUACCAAAUGUGGUUACUUAUAAUGCUCUAAUUAAAGGGCUUUGCAUGCAGGGGAUGUCGGAAAGAGCCGAUUAUUUGUUUUCUAAGAUGUGGGAAGAUGGGGUUGAGCCUAAUUCAGCUGUUUACACUUCAAUAAUAGAUGGGCACUUACAGAAAGGAAAUGUGGAUGAUGCUAUGAAGUAUAUGAGAAGAAUGCAUGAUCAAGGGUUUAACCUUGAUGUAGCUGCAUAUGGGGUGGUUAUCUCAGGCCUAUGUAAAAACAGCCGAUUAGAUAAAGCAAUUCAGUUUAUUGAAGAUAUGGUUUCUAGUGGGUUAGUUCCAGAUCAGAUGUUGUUAGCGACCAUCAUGGAUGCAUAUUUCAAAGCUGGGAAUUUAAAAGCAGCUUUGGGUGUCUACAGGGAAUUGUUAGAAAGGGGUUUCGAACCUGAUGGUGUGACUCUUUCAGCCUUGAUGGAUGGCUUAUGCAAGCAUGGGUGUCUGAAGGAGGCAAGAGGCUACUUUUGCAAGGAAAAAGCCAAUGAAAUUUCAUACUCUGUGCUUAUUAAUGGGAUGUGUAAGGAAGGAAACCUAAGUGAAGUUGAGAAGGUCUUCAGGGAGAUGUCAGAGGCAGGGUUUAUUCCAGACAAGUAUGUAUACACUUCUUGGAUUGCUGGUCUAUGCAAACAGGGUUGUCUGCCCGAGGCUUUUCGACUCAAGAAUAAAAUGGUUAAAGAGGGCAUUAUACCCGAUCUGUUAACUUAUAGCUCGCUUAUUUUUGGUUUAGCAAAUGCUGGACUCAUGAUUGAAGCAAAACAGGUAUUUGAUGAUAUGUUGAAAAAAGGAAUCACACCUGACUCUGCAGUCUUUGAUAUUCUGAUCAGAGGCUAUCACAAGGAAGGUAAUGAUGCUGCCAUUUCAAGCUUGUAUGAUGAAAUGAGAAAGAGAGGGCUUGUAGAUGGAGAACAUUAA